AUGGAUAAUGGUAAAAUAUUAGUUUUAAAUUCAUUACCAAAUUAUUUACAAAAAAGGAUAAUUCAAUUAUUAUGUGAACAUAUAGAUUUUAAUAAUAAACAAUUAGUUGUCAAUUGUAAUUUUCCCAAGAUAUUAGAAUAUAGAGAGAAUGAAUCAUUAAUAAAGAGAUUAAUAAUUAAUAUAUCAUUAGUUUCUCAUCAAUGGUUUCAAAUUAUUUCAAACUAUUUAAAUGUAUCUGUUGAUUUCAACUUUAAUUCUAUCAAUAAUAGUUAUUAUUCAAUUAUUAAAGCAACCAAUGUAAAAAUACUAAAAAUUCACUAUAAUCAUCAAAAUAAUUAUUUUUAUAAAUUUAUAAAAGGAAAUGAAUUUAAAUUAACAAUUAAUGAAAUUAAUGAAAAAAUAAAACAAUUACCAAAUUUAAAACAAUUAUUAAUUAGAAAUAUUAAUAUUAGUAAAGUUAUAAAUGAUAUUGAUGGUACUAUUGAUACUAGUAAUAAUAGCAGCUAUAGUAAUAUUAAUAUAGAAGGAAAUUUCAAAAUUGAAACAAACAAUAAUAAUAAUAAUAAUAAUAAUAAUAAUAAUAAUAAUAAUAAUAAUAAUAAUAAUAAUAAUAAUAAUAAUAAUAAUAAUAAUAAUAAUAAUAAUAAUAAUAAUAAUAAUAAUAAUGGUGAUGGUGAUGGUGAUGGUGAUGGUAAUAGUGAUACAACUACAAAUUCAAUUACAAAUAUAAAUAAUUUUAAUAACAAUUCCGAUAAUUACCACUAUAAUAAUAGAAUAAUUAAUAAUGAUAAUUUAAAUUUUUUAAAAGAUAUUGAAUUUAAAGGUAAUAUUGAAUUAUUAGAAGUUGAAAUUAAUAAAUCAAAUUCAAUGGAAAGAUUAAUGGAAUUAAAAUCAAAGAUUUCAAAAGUUUUCUCAUUAAAUGUUGUAAAUACUUUAUCAAAAGAAUUAUUAUUUGAAACUUUUAAAAAUUGGUUACCAUCAAUUCGUCAAUUAUUAAUUGUUGCUCAUGAAUCACCAAUGAGUGUAUUCCCAUGGUAUAGUUUAUCAAAUAAUGGUUAUUUUAAAAAUAUUUCAUAUUUUGAUAUCUAUGGUAUAGAAUUACGGUUAUCAAAUAUUUCAACAAUUAUAAAAUCUUCACCAAAUAUAAAAUUAUUAUCAUUUAGUAUAUGUUUUGAUAAACUUUUAUAUUAUAUUGUAAAAUUAAAUGAAACUCAACAAAAACAACAACAACAACAACAACAACAACAAUUACCAUUUCUUCAAGAUAAAAUGAUAGAUGAUGAUAAUAUUAUUAUUGAAAAAUGUACUUGUAAUUGUUUAUUAUUUUAUAAAUCAAAUAUAAAUUAUAAGAAAAGUUUAAAUUGUACAUCGGGUGGUAUUGAUAUUGAUGAUGAAAAACAACAAAGUUAUAAUUUAAAUUUUGUUGAUCAUCAAGAAGAGGAAAAAGAAAUCCAAGAUGAUUUAAAUAGAGAAAUUAAUAAGUUUUCAAAUGAUUGGAAAGUUUUAUGUGAACUUUUAAAGAAUUCUUCUAUUGAAUGUUUACAUUUACAUCAAGAUUGUAUGGAUGGUUUAGAGAUUAUGCAAUUCAAUCAAUUAAAUCGCAGUAGUACUACUACUAAACCAAAUUCAAUUAUUUAUCCAGACUGUUUCAUUCAAGAAUUGGGUGGUUCAUUAAUUUCACCAAUAAAUACUUUAAAAAAGAUUUCAAUUAUGGGUUUAAAUACACCACAAUUAUUUAAAUAUAUUGUGGAUCAUAAUAAAACUAUUCAAAAUUAUAUUUACACUGAAUCAAUUUUAGAUUUAGGUUAUUAUAAUCAUCAAGAUUAUACAUCAAUUUUUGAAUCAAUAAUAAAUGAAAAUCAACAAAUUACUGAAUUAAAAUAUUCAAAAGCUGUAUUCUCUUUAGAAAAUGAAAUUAAUAUGAUCGAUUAUGAAGAUUAUGAUGCCGAUGAUGAUGCCGAUGAACUUCCAUACAAAGAUCAGGUAAUUUUACAUUAUAAAUUAUAA